UUAUUACCACUAGUAGUAAACACUUGUUCAGCGUGUGAGCACGCCUUUUACGUUAUUACCGCAACUUGGGGAUCAAUUUCUGUUUAUUUGUUAUUUAUUUAUUUAUAUUGGUUCGCAUUUGUCCUUCUGAUUUUUGGAAACAUUUAUCAUUUCCCUUCCACUACUGUCAAUGUUUUCCGUUCGUUUUGUCGCAUUAGUUGGAAAAUAUUAUUUACAUUUUUUUUAAUCCGUGAUUUAUGACACCAAAAUCAUCAUGGAUAUAAAUGACGGUGAUCAAGCACUACCGGUGAUUUUUCAGAGAAUCCGGGACUCGGAUGUCUUUGGAAUGUAAAACUAUGCCGCGAAAAAGAUAUCCAGGGGAAGCCCCUGUUAAAUACGGUUUUCGGUCUCUGCCAGUCACUUAAAAAUUUGCCCUUAUUACAUCAUACAUAUUUACAUCGACGUUUCUGGGAAGUUUGCAAACGCUUGGAAAUCCACUGGACGGUACGAUCGAGAUGAGUCCCAGCCACAACGAGAACAAAAACGUCAUGUGUCAUUCGGACAAAUCAUCGCUGUCGGCUCCUUUGUCGACUGGAAACUACUUGCAUAAGAAAUUUAAAAAAGUCGCAACAGCAGAUGAUUGUCCCGAAGUUGCUGCAGUUCCCGCACCUGUGUUAACCAAUGAUGAAUAUUCUGUUGAAGGUGUUUGGAGACAUAAGUGUCCAUACUGUAAAACUGUAUGCACAAAGCCUAGUGCUCUUGCUAAACAUUUACAAGUACACUCAGAUGAACGUCCAUUUCCAUGUGAAACUUGUGGAUUUGCUUUUAAAACAAAAAGCAAUCUGUCAAAACACUGUAAAUCGCAAUCACAUACUGAACGGUUGGCUAAGGAAGAACCAGAAGAGACUAAGCCAAAAAUAUACAAACCAAAAUUUCGCACUACUUCAAUAUAUACUGAAUUGGAAGAAGAUAGAUCAAAGGAUCUUAAAACCGUUAUAGAGACUGUGCCUUUGUUAGCAUACAAACAAGAAGAAGAUUUUUCUCAGCCUUUGAAUUUGACUGUGGCAUCAAUUAAAAAAUACCAGAAUGAAAUUGCUCCGGUCGAAAAUGGUCAAAAUGAACUAAAAGGUGUUUACAAGUUGCUAUUAAACCAAAUAAAUAAGUGUAAUGGAAACAAAGAGCAACCUUUUUGUGAAAUGUGUGGCUUAAAAUUCAAUAACAAAGAAGAUCUGGUCAGACAUAUUUGUGACCGUAGUCCUAAUGAAACUAAGUAUCCAGAAACUAAAACGGUAGCUAUACCACUUCCGUCACCUGGUCCAUUGUUGGGGCGUACACCUUUAGUUGAGUUUCAUAGAUCGAAAGAACCUGAAGUUCCAAAACCAAUUUUGGUACGUAUGGGUAACUUAGGACAACAGCAGGAUAUGCUUGCUAUUUUUCAAUGUGGUAGAGACGUACCUUAUGUACCAGGUAUACCGGGUCCAAAUACAGUAAUCCCUCAUCAAUUUCGGCCACAGUAUGAACCGAAAAAGUCUGAACCUCCUCCUUUGAAAAAACACAAAAUGGAAGAAGAAUUCGUAGUUUCGACAUCCCACCAUCAGAUUUUAACAACUACAAUAACCACCACUACAGUCUCUCAGAAAUUUGUACGACCAACAUCAUUAGCAUUCAAACCAGGAACAUUCAGUACUAACCGCAUGUUACCUGUGGUGAGUCCCGAUACUCCAAGACCUAAAAAAAGCUAUCAACAGUUGUAUUUAAAUGGUCAUGCUUAUACAUAUCUUGGAUUAAAAUGCUCGACUAGAGUUUUUUAUUGUACACUGACCAAAUGUCAACCUACAUACACUAUUCUUCCAGAAGUUAAUACCAUUUCCAUGUACUCAAAUUGGAAGAUAUGUUCUGAUAUGGGAAGUAAUAUAUUGGGAGUUCGAGGCAUGGACUUAUAUGACUCAAGCCAACGUAAUCAUAAAUAUACACAAGCUACUCAGUCUCAUGACUAUAUAGUUGCUCAUUCAUCUUAUAAACACCAAAAGGUAUCUGAUCAAAGAAAUAAAGUGGAAUUCAGCUCUGUAGGAAAAUUAAAGAUCUGUCCCGGAGGUUUUGAAUCCAAUGAAGAUUAUGUUUAUGUAAGAGGUAGAGGAAGAGGGCGAUAUGUAUGUGCUGAUUGUGGUAUACGUUGUAAGAAGCCUUCAAUGCUCAAGAAACAUAUCAGAACUCAUACUGACUUAAGGCCAUAUACUUGUACACAAUGUACCUUCAGUUUUAAAACUAAAGGAAAUUUGACAAAACAUAUGAAAUCUAAAGCACAUUUUAAGAAAGGAGUUGAACUGGAUCUAAAUCCAAUGCCUAUAGAUGAUAUUAAGCAAUUUGAUUCUGAAGAUAUGGAAGAUUACUCUGAAGACAAUAUGGAUGAUGAUGAUGAUAUUGAUGAUGAGGAUGAUGAUGAGGAAGCUGUAGAUAAACUUGGAUGGCGUAAAACUCAAUCAGAUUUUGAUGCAGCACGUUCAUUAUUAAGACUUUCACAAGUUUGCCCAUCACAAAUACCUCAGUCAAAUCAUGCAAAAGCUGGAAUAUUACCUUAUGAUCACCGACCAGUAUCAUAUCCAUAUCAAUCUCCUUUAUCAAUAGCUGAGUUUGAGUUUCAAAUUAAUUAUCAAAACCGAACACAAAUGAGUUCACCUAUGCAAACUUCUAAUCGUCUUGAAGUAUCACCUGUUUCAUCUACUACAGUUUUUAAUAAUCCAGUGGUUGUUCAAACUACACCUACAGAUUUGAGGCACAAUGUAAGUGCAAUUUUAAACAGUAGCCCAAAAUCUAUUGUCAAUAAACCAAUGGAUCUUUCACGUUUUGGUGGCACUAAAGAACUAGAACAAAUAAAUAAAUCUCAAGUGGCUGGAUCACAGUCUUCGAAAAAACCAAAAGCAUUAUUUCGACAACCUACUACGAAUGGUCCAUCUCAAAAAUAUACUAGUAUUCUUGAAGAUGGGCGAAGUAAAUGUAUGGUAUGUGAUAAGGUAUUUAAUAAACCUAGUCAAUUACAAUUGCACAUCAAUAUACAUUAUUUUGAACAACCAUUCCGUUGUGAAAGCUGUAAAGAAUCAUUCCGAACCAAACAUUUGCUUCAAAAACAUUUGGAUUCUAGCUCGCACUUGAAUAAAGUGAAUAUGAUGUCCACUCAAGGAUCAAUUGUUAAAAAUCCAAGGCCAUUUGAGUGUGCUGAUUGUCAAGUUGGAUUUCGAAUUCAUGGACAUUUAGCUAAACAUUUACGAUCCAAAAUGCAUAUACUUAAAUUGGAGUGUUUAGGGAAAAUACCUUUUGGGACAUAUGCAGAAAUUGAACGUUUAGGAUUGAAUUUAAAUGAUAUUGAUACCACCGAUUGUGACAGUGCUUUAAAAAGUUUACAAGCUAGCCAAAAAGCCAUAUAACCAAAUAAUUAGUCACGAGUUAAAGUUGAACAUUUGGUUUUAAAAUUUGUGUGAAAAUUAUGAUGCGCUCAACAU